AUGUCCCAUGCACUUACACAUCCAUCAGAUUCUGUUUGUGCAUUGUGGGUCCCACAAUACCAUGACAUGGGUCUUGUUGGUGGUUUCAUGUCUGGUCUCUAUUCUGGCACUCGCCUUGUUGUGGCAUCUCCUUUGGACUUCCUUGCCAGACCACUUCUGUGGACUGAUAUGGUGGAGAUGUACCAGGCCACGCAUACUUGUGCCCCUAACUUUGCCUAUGCACUGCUUCUUAAGAGACUGGAGCAAGCCAAUAGGAAAGCCAACUGGAGUUGUGUAAAGCGUGCCAUGUUUGGGGGUGAACCAACCCAGAGCCAUGUUGUGCAAGCAGUGGCCAAAACGCUCUCUAUCGAGCCUGACCAUAUCUACAACAACUACGGACUGGCUGAGGCUGUUCUGUUUCUCACUGGGGGACCCGCCUUCCCUGAUUCUCAGGGGCUGGUCUGUUGUGGAGAAAUAGACUCUCCAACCUUCAAGCUUCGAAUUGUCCAGGAUGGAAAAGAGGUCGAAGAUGGUCAGGUUGGAAGCAUUUGGGCCCAGUCACCCCGUAUAGCUGCUGGGUAUUUUGGCCAACCAAAACUGACCCAUGCUACUUUUGCCAAUGAACUGCCUAAUUAUGAUGGCACAUGGCUUGAUACUGGAGAUUUGGGCAAGAUCGUGGAUGGGAAGCUCUAUGUCACUGGCAGAGUCAAGGAUGUCAUCAUUAUCAAUGGCAAGAACUAUUACCCAACUGAUGUGGAGCUCUCUGUUGAUGAAACCUUUGGUGACAUAAUCCGUCCAGGGAGGACCACGGCAUUCCAGCAUGGAGAAGAGUUCAUUGGUAUCACCGUAGAAGGCCGGAAGGAGUUUGACAAGGUAGCACACAAAGACUUGGCUGCACAGAUAGCCAACCAUGCAUCUCAAGUCCAUGGGUUGUUUGUGUCGGAGGUACUGGUCCUCAAGCUGGGUGUGACACCCAAGACGACAUCUGGCAAGCUUAAGAGGAGCGAGAUUAGGACAACAACGUUAGCUGGAGAAUGGAAAACAUCCAAUAUCCUUCUAAGAUUCCACCGCAGUAGUGGUAUUGUUCCGAUUGUCAACAGGAAUAGAGUGAAGGAACCUUGCUCCCACCUGGCAAAUACUUCUAAUUCCACCAAGGCCAGUGGGGUGGAGCUUCCCAAAAACUUCGACAGUGUUGUCGCCUCCAUCAUGGGCCCAGAGUUAAACAAAUCCAAAACGUGGACAGAAAAUGGACUCACAUCCCUCAAGAGUGCUGAGUUGAGGAGCAAAGUGGAGGAGGACCUGCACGAAGUACUCCCAGCAAAUUUUGCUCAGCUCUAUGAAACUCCUGGGCUGUUGGAGCUCUUCUUGGCCAAAUCAGAAACUGGCCACUUCAAAAGACAAGACCCCGCCAAGCAUGCAGAUUUUGUUGGGAGCUCACCAGGAGAAAAAUUUAAUAUCAGCAAACUACAGCUUGGUGUCCUCCAAACCAUUGGAUCAACUGUAAUUCUUCUGCUGGUUUUGAUCUCGGUUGUCCCAUCAUACUUCCUGGUUUCCUGGGCGAUGGAACACUGUGACUCAGAUGAACUUGAAGUUGGAGAGUGCCAUAAUCCAGUCUUCUGGGUGUUCUUGCCCUUGGCCUUUCCUCUAUUCCUACUAUCAUUUUCAGUGCUUGUGGUACUAUGCAAGUUUGCUGUUAUUGGGAAGUAUCUGCCCAGACAAUUUGGUCUCUUGUCGUGGGGCUUCUUGUGUUGGUGGUUUGUUGAUAGGCUCCUGGAUAUUUGGGAAUCACUUGUUGGGCAGUUUCUAUUGGAGACAAAGUUCAUUUGGAUCUUCUACAAGAUUCUUGGAGCAAAGCUGGCAUGGUCUGCCAAGAUUGAAUCCUAUCUUCGAGAGUUUGACCUGGUGACAGUUGGUGACAAUACUGUCAUCAGCCACCCUAUGAAGUGCCGGAAAUUCUCUCAUUCAAAUGGAGAUGGCAACCCCAAGAUAAAGUUCUAUCCGAUUAUUGUCGGAAAGAACUGCAAGAUCUCUGGCAUGGUUAGCCCUGGGGCCAUGAUUGGAGAUGGCAGCAAGGUGGAGAAAUUGUCUGUUGUGGGUGAGGGAGCCAUUGUACCAGAUAGUGUCCUUGCUCAGGGAAAUCCAGCAUACAAUGCUGGCUCAUUUGAACAUCAAGAAUCACUCCAUUUUGUUGGAGAGUCCAUGUUGGAUAUCUUCAAGAUAUUCUGGAUAGUCCUUGAGGCAUAUCAUUUCUUUGCCCUCUCCUUCUUGGUCCAUGUCUCGUUGAACUCAAUCUUGCCCUCCUGGCGCUAUGCUACAAUACUCCAUUGGAUUUUGCUGUUUCCCGUCUCCUCCCUGCUUGCACUUCUCACAAGCAUUGCUCUCAAAUGGGUACUAAUUGGGAAACGAGACCCAUCAGAUGAAUAUGAAGGGUCACUCUAUCGCCGGGCAACCAAUUGGGCAUGCGACUUCCACUUCCGGACUGCAGCUUGGACUCUUACUCCUUUCUGUGGCCAGUCCAGACUUUGGAACAUAAUCCUCGUAUUGCAUGGUCUUGAUAUUGACAUGGAUUCAGGGCCUGACAAUCCAUACCUCAUCUUCCCACCCUCAAAGGCUGAUUUUGUGAAGAUCAGAAAGUCAUUUGUGGCAACUAUUUCACUUGACUUUAGCAAGAAAGGGAACUCCAAGGUUGAGAUCAUCAACAGCAGUGUCGGCUACAACAUCAAUCUACAUGCAGGAGUUAAGAUCAUGCAAUCCACAGUUCCUCCAAGGACCAAUGUACCUGACAGUAUCUAUGACUUGAACCAAACAGGUCAGCCCAUUAGAAUGAAUUUGGUUCUUCCAGAAGUGGCACAGGUGUUGUUGAAUGCAGUCCUGUUUGCCUCCCUCAUUCCUUCCUAUGAACUGGGUCUUGUUGCAACCAAGAGUGCUUCCAUCAUGGUCACAUCCUGUGGCUUGGCAGCUGCCUUCAUCCUGCAAUUGCUCCUAUGGCUGCUCUUGACAUGGGCAGUUGAGAGGUUGCUAUUGGCCUUGCCCAACCAUCUUCAAUUUAACCUCUUUGGGAUCUACCUCAACCAUGUCUGGAUUUUCCGCAAUCAAAACUGGCUUGUGUACCUUCUCUAUGGCACACCCAUGUUUGCCUACUUUGCUCGCUUCAUGGGAGCUGAAGUGGAUGGAGAGUUGUGGUACUUUGGCAACACACUUUAUGAAUGUGGCAAGCUUCAUUUCAAAGGAUGCACUGUUAUUGACAGCUCCAGCUUGAAUGGCCACUACAUUGAUGGCAAGGGGCUAACAAUAAAUGACACCUAUGUGUCUGGUGUGGUGCAUCCUGGAUGCUUUGCUGUUGCUGGCUCUGUAGUUGUUGGUGAAGAAAAUGGUCCAUGGAAGGUCUUUUUGAACAACAACAACAACAACCAUACAGCAGCAGACUUUGCUUCUAUUGCCAAGCCAACAACAAGUGACGACGCACAAUUCGUGGAUGAAGCUUUGGCUUCAGCUGUUUAA